AUGUCGCAAAACAAUCCAUCUCCGUAUCGGCAGCCCCUAUCGUCCUCGUCAUCUCGGCACUCUCUUCGCAAAGAGACCCUCUCGAGACCAGGGACAGCCUCGUCGCGGCCGAGCGAUCGACAGUUAAGAGCGCCACUCCCCGAGGGCCGCCCAUCCAUAGACGAGACUCCUCCACAAGAGAUCGUCACAUCCCCGAGCCACGAUGGAGCCAUUGACAGUACCAAAGAACUUGAAGUCCAGGAACAACACCCAUCCAAACCCACAUUCCAACCAUUCUUUACCCUAGUCGAAGACGCCCAUACAUCGGACUACUACCACCCCAACGUCCACUACAUAUUCUCCGACGACGACACCGACAUCAUCACCGAAGCAGCUCUGCGCAGCUUAAGUGCACAACAAGAUGCCCUCUCCGAAUCCAAGAAAGACCAAAUUGCGCAGACCAACGCAUCCAAUCCCCACGAGACAAAAGACCCCUCAGACCCAGAAGCUGACCCGGAAAAAGCUACACUACUACCACCACCUGUAUCAGGAGUCCGGGAGAAUUACCUCAUUCUAGACAUGGGGCUCGUACCGCCCACAAAUGACGCAACACAGAAUCGAACAACAGACCAACCAAAGGGGGAAACAAAGUCCAUGUCAUCGUCACCAGCGAACCCAUCUGUGCUCCCACAAGAGGGACAGUCUGGAGCGAGCAAGCAUCCUCAGUUCCGCGUGACCUCCGCACAAAGCUUUUCGUCCUCGUGGCAGGUCCUCGAUACGGAAGUAAUGCCAGCACCAACAUUUGAGAAUAAUACCCCCGAGUCACCAGGGCAGGGAUUGAUGUUGAAGAUUCGCGGUACUGGUGGAAUGGCAGUUGAAGUUUCUAGGAAAGAAAAGGGGGCGCAUAGGCUGGAAGAAAUGAUGGAUCAGUUUGCGAAGAGGAUGGGCGAGUUGCAAAUCAUCAUCGAUGCCGCGGAGGCGGAGCCAGAGCCGGGUGAACAGCAGGAACGGCUGGAACAGGAUCCUCCUGAAAAUGCAGGUCAAGAAGGGAUACUGGAAGGAGAAGCAGCCUUACAUUUCGAUUGA